CUUUCGGCCCCGCGCCCAUGCGCACGCCCGCGGCCGGUUUGCAGGGCCGGACGCGCGCCCCGCGUCCCGGGCAGGAAGAUGGUGGCGAGCGCGCGGGUGCAGAAGCUGGUGCGGCGCUACAAGCUGGCGAUCGCCACGGCACUGGCCAUCCUGCUGCUGCAGGGCCUGGUGGUGUGGAGCUUCAGCGGCCUGGAGGAGGACGAGCCGGGAGAGAAAGGACGGCAGAGGAAGCCACGGCCACUAGACCCUGGCGAGGGCUCUAAGGACACAGACAGCUCUGCAGGGCGCAGGAGCAGUGCUGGUAAAAGGCAUGGGCGCUGGCGGGGCCGUGCUGAGAGCCCAGGCGUGCCUGUGGCCAAGGUGGUACGAGCAGUAACCAGCCGCCAAAGAGCUAGCCGCCGGGUCCCGCCUGCCCCACCUCCAGAGGCGCCAGGCCGCCAGAACCUGAGUGGAGCAGCAGCUGGGGAGGCACUGAUGGGAGCUGCUGGCUUCCCACCACAUGGAGACACAGGGAGCGUAGAGGGGGCCCCCCAACCCACGGACAACAGCUUCACUCCAAAGUGUGAGAUUGUGGGCAAGGAUGCACUGUCAGCACUGGCCCGGGCCAGCACCAAGCAAUGCCAACAGGAGAUCGCCAACGUAGUGUGCCUACACCAAGCUGGGAGCCUCAUGCCCAAGGCUGUGCCCCGGCACUGCCAGCUGCCUGGCAAGAUGAGCCCUGGCAUCCAGUGGGAAGAGACUCGGGCCCAGCAGCCUGUCGGUGGCCCUCCAGUCCGCAUCGCCUACAUGCUGGUGGUUCAUGGCCGUGCCAUCCGCCAGCUCAAGCGUCUUCUCAAGGCUGUCUACCAUGAGCAGCACUUCUUUUAUAUCCACGUGGAUAAGCGGUCCAACUACCUGUACCGGGAGGUGGUGGAGCUGGCCCAGCACUAUGAUAACGUGCGGGUGACUCCUUGGCGCAUGGUCACCAUCUGGGGCGGGGCCAGCCUUCUGAGGAUGUACCUGCGGAGCAUGAAGGACCUGCUGGAAAUCCCUGGCUGGGCCUGGGACUUCUUCAUCAACCUGAGUGCCACUGACUAUCCAACCAGGACAAACGAGGAGCUGGUGGCAUUCUUAUCCAAGAACCGGGACAAGAAUUUCCUCAAGUCACAUGGGCGAGACAAUUCCAGGUUCAUCAAGAAGCAAGGCCUGGACCGGCUUUUCCACGAGUGUGAUUCCCACAUGUGGCGCCUGGGUGAACGGCAGAUCCCAGCGGGCAUCGUGGUGGAUGGCGGCUCUGACUGGUUCGUGCUGACACGCAGCUUUGUGGAAUAUGUGGUGUACACAGACGAUCCCCUCGUGGCCCAGCUUCGCCAGUUUUAUACCUACACGUUGCUUCCCGCCGAGUCCUUCUUCCACACAGUGCUGGAGAACAGCCCGGCCUGUGAGAGCCUUGUGGACAACAACUUGCGUGUCACCAACUGGAACCGUAAGCUGGGCUGCAAAUGCCAGUACAAGCACAUUGUGGACUGGUGUGGCUGCUCUCCCAACGACUUCAAGCCGCAGGACUUCCUGAGGCUUCAGCAAGUCUCCAGACCCACCUUCUUUGCCCGGAAGUUUGAGUCAACUGUGAAUCAGGAAGUCCUGGAAAUUUUGGACUUCCACCUGUAUGGCAGCUACCCACCCAGCACCCCAGCCCUCAAGGCCUACUGGGAGAACACCUAUGACGUGGCUGAUGGCCCUGGUGGACUCAGCGAUGUCUUACUCACCGCUUACACAGCCUUUGCCCGUCUCAGCCUGCGUCAUGCUGCUACUGCUGUACCCCCACAGGCCACUGCACUCUGCAGGUUUGAGCCCAGGGGGUUGCCGUCCAGCGUGCACCUGUAUUUCUAUGACGACCAUUUCCAGGGCUACCUGGUGACGCAGGCGGUGCAGCCCUCAGCCCAGGGGCCAGCAGAGACGCUUGAGAUGUGGCUGAUGCCCCAGGGGUCGCUGAAACUGUUGGGGCGCAAUGACCAGGCCAGCCGGCUCCAGAGUCUGGAGGUGGGACAGGUUGGCACUGAGUGGGACCCCAAAGAACGUCUCUUCCGGAAUUUUGGGGGCCUGCUGGGACCCCUGGAUGAACCUGUAGCUAUGCAGCGCUGGGCCCGGGGCCCCAACCUCACAGCCACUGUGGUCUGGAUUGACCCCACCUAUGUUGUGGCCACGUCAUAUGACAUCACGGUAGAUGCGGACACUGAGGUCACACAGUACAAGCCCCCACUGAGCCGGCCGCUGCGGCCAGGAGCCUGGACUGUUCGCUUGCUUCAGUUCUGGGAGCCCCUGGGUGAGACCCGCUUCCUUGUGCUGCCGUUGACCUUCAACCGCAAACUACCUCUCAGGAAAGAUGAUGCCAGCUGGCUGCACGCUGGACCACCCCACAAUGAAUACAUGGAGCAGAGUUUCCAGGGCCUAAGUGGCAUCCUGAACCUGCCUCAGCCAGAGACCAUGGAGGAGGCUGCCAAGAGGCACACAGAGCUUACGGGUCCUGCACUUGAGGCCUGGACAGAUGGGGAGCUGAGUAGUUUCUGGUCUGUAGCAGGAUUGUGUGCCAUAGGCCCCUCUGCUUGUCCCUCCCUGGAGCUCUGCAGACUGACGAGCUGGAGCUCUCUGUCUCCUGACCCUAAAUCAGAGCUGGGGCCUGUCAAAGCUGAUGGGCGACUCAGGUAGCAGGGCCCCAGCCAGCACAACCCGGAGGAGCCGGGGAAUUGCACCUUAUCGACAACGGAGGGACAUCUCUCCCACAGACCAGAACCAGAGGCCCAGGCAGUGUGCCCGUGAGAGCCAUCAGGAACCUGCACCGAGGGCAGGGCUGGUGGGUGUAGUGCUCACUACUGCUAAUGGCCCUGCAAGAGGUCAGAGGUCCGCCGGAACCACGAGGGGGGAGCGCUUCCUCUGCCCCUCUCUAGUUUGUACUUUUUUUAAAUUUAAAAUGAGUGACGAGGAGGAAGAUGUGCAAUAGGGCUCAGAGCAGGCCCAGAAAGUGGGCUGUGGCCGUGGGGAGCACACCGAGCCCAUCUGCUCCUGCUCUGGAGAGGUUUUGUCUGCCUCGCUCUCCAGAGCCUCCAUCCCCAGCCUGGGCCAAUGGGUUCCCAGCUGAGGAUCUUAAGAGGCACAAAUGUCCCAUCAGGCUCUGAGGCCAGAACGGGUGAUUUGGGGGCUACUGUGGAGCUGGGCUUUAGUGGGACAGCUGCUCGCUCGUCUGGUAGCCAGGAGACCCUAGGGUAGGGGUGAGGCUGGCUUUCAGGCUUUCCAGUACACCCUGCCCUAUAAAUGCAGGGCGUCAGAGCCUGCUGAGAUCCGUCCAGUUUCCCACGUGCAUCCUGGAAGAGGGAGCCCCACUGGCAGUGCGGGAAGACUGUCAUGGCGCUCAGAACUGGGAGUCGCGUUGUGCCUGAAGCUCAGUGUGAAGUCUGAAAUAUGCAACAGAGGAAAUAUAUCUCUAUCUCUCCACGCUGAAUGUCCUUGUUUACU